AUGUCUGGAAACUCUUCUGUCGGCCAAUCUGGCGUCUACGAGGCCGGCGACCAGCGCAACUACAAGGACUCUGAGCUGAAGGCUGAGCCCUACCAGGAGGGCAAGGAGAACUCCCACAAGAACCUCGACUCUAAGGACGAGCGUUCCAUUGCCAACAAGCUCGCUGCUGAGGAGCGUAACAAGGGCCCCUCUGAUGAUCGCGAGACUGCGGCUUCCAAGAAGGACCCCACUCUGCCAGCAACACUGCACGGCAACGAGCCUUCAAAGGGAGCCAAGCUCGACGCUGAGUUGCAGGCCGAGGAUGAGCAGCGCCUCCGCGAGAAGAAAGGCAAAUAG